UCCAUUUUCUUAAAAUCCUUUUCGCACCAAAAGCUGAAAGAGAUUUUACGCACUGUUCGGUUCGCUUUACUUCCCUAGGCCCCACCGAUCAGAACGAUAAGGCUUUAGUGCGUUCACUUUGGGGCUUUCUUCGUCAAAAUCAUAUCCUAUAGAAAUCCUGCUUCUAUAAUUGGAGGGAUCUUUUUUCACAUCAAUUUGUGGUGAGUCGUUGACUGGUGAGUUCUUCCUCUCAUUCUGAGAUCUGAAUUGAAGUACGAAAUUCCCAGUUCACGGAAUCGCAUCUCUCUGUAUAUCUUCAUCUGCAAUUUCCAUGGAUCAACAACCAGUUGGAUCUUCAAGUUAUGACGUGUUUAUCAACUUCAGAGGCGUAGACACCCGCAAUACUUUCGUUGGCCACCUUUACUGUGCUUUAGAGGAUCGUGGAAUUCGUGUUUUCAUUGACAGCAAUAAUCUGUGGAAAGGAGAAGAUAUUGGGUCUGAGCUUGUAAGAGCGAUAAAAGACUCUGAGCUCUUGAUUGCUGUCUUCUCUGAGAGAUACACUGAAAGCAAAUGGUGCCUCGAGGAGCUCGCUCAGAUGGUAGAAUGUUAUAGAACCAAUGGUCAAGUCAUUAUUCCCAUCUUCUUCAAGGUUGAGACUUCCGACGUUAAGAAUCAGACCGGAUGUUUUGAGAUUUCUCCUCAGAGACCUGAAACUCUACAGAGAUGGAAGGACGCUUUGCGAGUGGUGGGAGAUAAGAGUGGUUUUGUUUUUAAGGAUGGGGAAGAUCAAUCAAAGUUAGUCAAGGACGUUGUUCAAAAUGUUUGGAUCCGAUUGAAUGGAGCCGUCCCCUUGGCUGAAGUUAAAAAUCCCGUUGGAUUAGAAUCCCGUGUAGAAUAUGUGUUAUCUCUACUACCAGUUACCAGUUUUAAUGAUGUUCAGUUUCUAGGGAUAUGUGGUCCUGGUGGCAUUGGGAAGACGACCAUUGCGGGAGCUGUAUACAACCGCAUCUAUAAAACGUUUAGAAAGAGUUUUUUUCUUGAAAACGUUGGAGAGAGAGCAUCACAACCCAAUGGUAUAAUUGAUGUGCAAAAAAUGCUUCUUGAAAGGAUCUCUAGGGAGGAAAUAAAAAUAUCCAGUUCUCAAGAAGGAUCAAGUUUGAUAAAGAAAAGACUUGGAGGAAAAUGCACUCUUCUCAUUCUUGAUGAUGUGGGCUGUCAUACUCAAUUAAAAGCAUUGGCGGGUGAUCUCAAUUGGUUUGGUCCUGGAAGUAUAAUAAUCAUAACAACUAGAGAUCAUAGCCUUCUAAGGGAAGUUCCUGAAGAUAAUAGAAAAAUAUAUGAGCCAAAUGGAUUGGACGAGGAAGAACGUCUUCAACUCUUCAGUAAAUAUGCUUUUUCAGCUAUCCAACCUCCUAAUGAUUAUAUGGUGCUUUCAACGGAUAUAGUAAGCACUACAGGAGGGAUGCCCUUAGCCUUGCAGGUUUUGGGUUCUGAUUUAUCUGUCAACAAAGACAAAGAAGUAUGGAAUUCCAUGCAUCAGAGGUUGAAACAAAUUCUUCAUAAUGAUGUCUACGAAAAGUUGAAGAUAAGCUUUGAUAAUCUGGAUAAUAUUGAGAAAAUCAUGUUUCUCGAUGUUGCAUGCUUUUUCAUAGGAUGGAAGGAAAAAAAGGUAAUUUCUAUAUGGAAAGCUUGUGGCUUUGAGCCAAUACACCGUAUGGAAGUUCUUAUGAGAAAAUCCCUCUUAAAGAUCAAUAUUUUGGAAGAGUUGUGGAUGCACGAUCAAAUUCGAGACAUGGGAAGAGCAAUCGUCUACAAUCAAAGUCCUACGGAACCUGCUAUGCGAAGCAGGUUGUGGUCUCUUAACGUAAUCAUGAAAGUAUUAAAUAGUGGUAAGGAGAAUGGAAUGGUUGAAGGCAUCUUGCAUGAAUUUAGUUCGAAAGACAACAUUUGUUUACAUACAAAUGGUUUUGAGAAGAUGCUCAAACUAAGAUUACUACAAAUGGAUGGAGCAACCUUGGAGGGGAGCAUUCAGUGUCUUCCUUCUAGUUUAAGAUGGUUCCAGUGGAAGAGAUGUCCAUUGAAAAAAUUACCUACCAACUUUUGUCAUGAGGAAUUAGUUAUGCUCGACUUAACAUAUGGCUUGUUUAGACGCGCUUGGAAUAACUGGCAUUGGAGUAACUUGUUUGGAAAUAAAGUGUUUCAACAAUUAAAAGUUCUUAAACUCAGUAAUUGUUCGCAUUUGUCUAAAUCUCCCAACUUCUCAAGUUUUCCUUGCUUGGAGAGGUUGUAUCUUGAUGGUUGCAAAGAUUUGAUUGAUUUACAUGAAUCCAUUGGGCAGCUCCAGGAGCUCGUUUACUUGAACUUGGAAAGUUGUUCUCUUAAGAAACUCCCUAACAGUAUAUGUAGGUUGAGAUCUCUCCAAAAAUUAAUUCUCAAUGAUUGCACCUCCUUCGAGAAAUUGCCUGGAUCCAUUGGUGACCUAAAAGAAUCUUUGGUUGAGCUUUCCUUAGACAGAACUAACAUUAGAGCACUGCCGGAUAGUGUUGGAGAGUUAAAGAAGCUACAGGUAUUGAAUCUUUUCCACUGGAAUGAACUUGAGAAUUUGCCAAGUUCAAUGGAGAAUAUGACGUCUUUGCGUGUCAUUGAACUUGGUGAGAGUUAUAAGCUUCAACACAUACCAAAGCUACCUUCUUCUUUAUUAGAACUUCUUAUUCAUUACCAACACCAAUACCCAAGGGAUGAAGACAUGCUAGAGUUGUCAUACAUGGAAAAGUUAAAGUGUCCUGGAGAUUAUCAAUUUAUCAAGUACAGGUUUCACUUCAUUCCUCUGCUGAGUGCCGUCACGACGGGCACACACAUGGACUACGUCCGUCUAAUGAGAGGCACGCCAUGCGCAGACUCACGGCAAAUCACUCAUCGGUCACCAAAGAAGAAAGGCAUGAUAAAGAAAAAAGUAAUGGGAGACCUGAUAUCAUGGUUCAAGUUACCGGCCGAUACUACACAGAAUGAUUGAUCAGUACGGCAGGAUAUCACUGGCCACUGAUUCCGUUACCUAGUCGAUACCAUUGAAUCGGUGGAAUGGUACAGGCCAGGGGUAAAAUUGUUCAAACCCCAUUUUAUCAAAAACCAGGAAAUAUCAUUGAUUUUUGGUUGGAAAAUCAGUGUGGACGAAGAGUUCACAUCCUCUGCAGUGAGCAGUGAGGUGCAGUGAGCAUUUGGACACGCACUCCAAGAGUCUCCCAAACACCCGAUGCUUACUGCAUUGUGCAGCGGCUGCAGACGAUUUUCACACUUGAAUUGGCAGCUAUUUGGUGCGAUUACGAUGGCAAACCAAUGGAGGCAGUUUCUGAACGUGAUUCCUUCACUGAUGCUCUGACAGGUUAAGCGUUGGCUAUAUUCCUGGGUCUUUGAUCUAUUGCUGGAGAUCUCAACUCGAGCCUGAUUGCUCAGCCCUUGUAGGGCUUAUGGCGGCUGUGAGUCCUAUAGGUCUCACGACCCUGCCGCUCGUGGUUACUCAGCUGGGGGUUAGAGUGAGUUGAAGACAGUGUCAGUGACUCAGACUCCCCUGCCUUUUUUCUUUUUUGGAUGAAUGAUGAAUCAGAAAUAGGCCACUCGUAUUUUAUUUGGAUUUGCCUGCUAAUGUACAUAUCCCAUUUACCAUUUUUUUUGAGAUUAGAUUCAGAGUGAAUUGAUCCCAAAAGUUCCCCCAAAUUUCCAAAAUAAAUUCCUCUGCCACUUAAGUUUGUACUCUUGUGAAUUUUCCCAAGUUUUUGUUCUUAGAUUUUAUUCAUUAGAUAGACUAAUAUUUACUCAUUUUGAUUCCAGUGUAGCUGAGGCCCUUGACUGAAUUAGGGUUUGAUUUUCUUUCACAUCUGAGAUGAUUCUGUGUCUAGGUAGUCCUUGUUGGGUGAUUCUGAGAUAACCCAAAACUCUUUGGUGGACUGUCCAUGUUUGAAAUGACUGAAAUUUAUGUUAUUUUCUUUACCUGGUCAAUAUGUAGAACAUCCAUAAGGUCUGUAAGAGAUUUUUAUUUGUGUGCAUGAUCUAAGCAAGUCUAGGAUAGAAUUUACCAAACUAGCCAUGCUUUGUUUCAGAAUGGGUUGGAAUUUGGAAUGCAUGAUCUGCAAUGCAUUUCAUUAUUCUUCUUUUCAUGAAUUGAAGUCUUUAGCAUUAAUUAAUAUUUAGAUUGCUCAUAAAUAAGAUGCAUUGAAAAUCUUAUUUUGAAGAAUUCCACAUCUUUGGAGUAGUAUUCAAUCUUUGUUUGAUAUAGAUUAAAAUGGAUACUUCAAAUGGAAAAAUUUUCCAUUCUCUUGGUAUGGCUGGAAUUUGAUUUUUUCUGUGAUUGUUAGUGCAAAGAAGGAACAAUUCUUAUCCGUGAAUGGUGUGACGUUGCAUUUUUAUGUAUAAUAUUCAUUUCCCUUGAAUGACUCAGGAUGGUUGUGAAAAAUUAUUUAUUCAUUUACCUAGAGAUGAGUUCUUGUCUUUCCUUCAAAUGACUCAAGUCAGAGAUUUAUAGAGUAUCCUCACUCAUUUUUUUUUUUCGGAUGAAUCAAGUUUGUGGCCGCAGGAGCCUUGCAAACCCUUGCGCUCAAUAAUGAUGAAAACAAAAAAUUAGGUUGUUUGAUUUUUAAACAUGAAAUUACUUGAAGGAAUAUCUAAUUGCUUUGGUCCAAUGAUCUGUGAACAAUGAUUUCCUUGCUGCAAACUUGCUGCAAAGGAUUCAGAUAGCAAGGGAACAUUUCUGUGGGGUAACAUUGAAAGUUGGAGACAGAUUUGGAUACCUUUGCAAAAGAUAGAUGAAGUUCUCCCUGGGGUGUGGAUCCCACAUGUCAGGGGGGGGGUCCCACACCCAUGGAAGGUGUACACUCUGUUCCUUGCCCCCAUAUGAGGUGUGGAUCCAAACUCGUGUCUUGAUUCCUGAUGAUGUUGAGAUCUGUAGCAGCAGGUUAAUUAUGCAUGUUUCUUUGAGUAUCUCCGUACAUGAAGACAUACAUCCUAUUUCUUGACGGUGAUGAUGAUGAUCAGGCAGGUCGGUCCUUCCUGCUCUGUUGCUCAACGAGUUAAUAAUACUGUGAAUAAUGAAGCAAUCAGUGGCUAAUGAUCAAUAUCUUCGUGUGGGAAAGAGAGAUCACCCAAAUGAUGGAGAGACUAUCCUUCAAUGAGAUGUUCUUUCUCUUGGAAAGCUCAGAUUAUUUAAGACUGGGCAGGUUUUAAUGUUUCAGAAGGUCCCUCAUGCUAUUGGCUGGAUAGUUUGGAAUAUGUGUAAUGGAUGGCUCCUUAAUUGAGUAUUAAGAGUUUCCAGAAUUACUUCGAGGGAUAUGAAAUAUGGACCUUCAUCAGUCAUACUCAUCCAGAAAGGAGGGGGUUUUGUAGAUUGAGAUUCACCAAUCAUGUGUAUCUCAUGAAUGUUAUUACAAUGGUCCGUAACCUAUUCCCUAAUAAUUACAUCAGCAGAAUGUCUCAAUUCUAUUCUGUAAUUGAUGCUAUUUUGUUUCUGUUUUUGGAGAUUUCUUUUUCUGCAUUGUUGUUAAUGUAUUACUAUAGACCUGCUGCACUUUUGUUGGGACGGAAAAGUUGGAGUUGAAUUUUUUUUGUUUCUGCUC